GGCGGUCAGAACAACACACGAUGGCGACGUACCAGAACGGAGGGCCUCCGGCCCGCGCGAUUGCCGACGACAGCGACGUCGAGGAGGAAGCCCUGGUGGCCGAGUACAAGGAGCAUGUGCAGUACGAGGAUGGCGACGAGCUCAGCCAGACGACGUCGCUCAACAUGGCCCAGCAGACCGACGACAUCCAGUCCCGCCUUCUGUCGGCCGCCCAGCCGCUCGACUUCUCGGCGCCUCUCGAGGUCAAGUUCCAGAGCUACGACUCGUACUGCAGCUUGUUCCACUACAUCCUGAACUCGGACGGCCCUGUCGACCUCGAGCCCCCUUCUUACUACUGGGCUUGGGAUGUCAUCGAUGAGUUCAUUUACCAGUUCAACUCCUUCAGCUCCUACCGAAGCCGGAUCGCGAGACAGGCCAACAACGAGGAGGAGAUCCAGAUCCUGCGCGAAAACCCCAACACGUGGGGCUGCUACAGCGUGCUCAACGUGCUCUACUCGCUCAUCCAGCGCUCCCAGAUCACCGAGCAGCUGGGCGCCAUGAAGCGCAACGAGGACCCCAUGGCCGUUGCCGGCGAGUACGGAUCCAAGAAUCUGUACCGCAUGCUGGGCUACUUCUCCAUCAUCGGCCUCCUGCGGGUGCACUGCCUGCUGGGCGACUUUGCGCUGGCGCUCAAGACGCUGGAUGACAUUGAGCUCAACAAGAAGGCCAUGUUUGCCCGCGUCAUGGCGGCCCACUUCACGACGUACUACUACGUCGGCUUCUCGUACAUGAUGAUGCACCGAUACGCCGAUGCCAUCCGCAUGUUCAGCCACAUCUUGAUCUACGUGUCGCGGACCAAGAACUUCCAGAAGAACGCGCAGUUCGACUCCAUCACCAAGAAGAACGAGCAGAUGUACGCCCUGAUUGCCAUCUGCGUGGCCUUCCACCCCACCAGGCUGGACGACACCAUCCACAGCGCCCUGCGGGAGAAGUACGGCGACCAGCUGCUUAAGAUGCAGCGCGGCGGCCCCGAGUCGCUGCCCAUCUUCGAGGAGCUCUUCCGCAGCGCCUGCCCCAAGUUCAUCUCCCCCAUCCCUCCGGACUUUGACAACCCCGAGGCCAACAUUGACCCCGUGGAGCACCACCUGUCCAUCUUCAUGGACGAGGUCAAGACCAACAUGUACAGCCCGACCAUCAAGUCGUACCUCCGCCUCUACACCACCAUGGACCUGACCAAGCUGGCCGGCUUCCUCGAGGUGAAGCCCGACGAGCUUCGAUCCUGGCUCCUCGUCACCAAGCAGCGCACCAAGCAGCUGCGAUGGCAGGACCAGGGUCUCCUGGACGGCGAGCUGGUCAACGUCAGCGACCUCGACUAUGCUCUGCAAGGAGACCUCAUUCACAUCUCAGAGGCCAAGGUCGGCCGAAAGCUGGUAGACUGGUAUCUUCGCAACCUGUCUCGCACCUACAACUAGGGGUGGCAUAGACAGGACACAUGUUGAGGAAACUACCUAUUGGCCCGAAUGUCAGGUAGAUGUCGGGCACAGAAAAUAGGAAGUCCGUGACCCAUGCGUGGGCAAGAAAAGAAAAAACGGAUAAUGUCGGAGGGUAAGCUGGGGUGGGCCGGGUAUACUGGAUCAAACUGGCCGGUUGCAUGGCUAUGGCGUCACGGAGUUGGUUGGAACUCGAAUGAGGGCACGAGGAUUGCUCGGUAGUGGCCCUGGGGGGUGUGGAAAUACAAAACAAAAAUCUC